UCGCUAACCUGCAAAAGCUAGAGAUGCAGACGGCCGUACAAUCAUGAACGAACGGUAAAUCAAAUCCGCUGCGUUGCCAAUGGCGGAAGAGAAGAAUCGAACUCCAAUCAGGAGUUUGAUGUGCUGUUUCUUUUUGAUUAAUGCAGAAUCAUCAUGUUGUUUUAUGAAAAAAUUUUAGGUUAGAAACGAGAAGUUGUAUUUUGAACUCGACGGUUGUCUCUUGAACAAUGGCAGCGUCGGCAAAAACUCUUGCUAUUCCGGAUCAGUCGAAUAAUGGCGACUGGACGGUUGUUUUACCUCGUCGUGGCAGGCAGAGGAAGAAUUUGCCGAAGCUAAGAAAACAAGAAGAUCAGCGGACUUGGUCUCCGUCUGAUCAGGCCAAUGAUACAAUCAGGGAAUCGAAACUGUUGCAUAAGAUGGAAAUCUGUAUUAAGAAAGUUGAGAGCUCCCAAUUUUAUCGAACUCUUGUUGAUGAGCUUGAAAUGAUGCCAGUCUUGGAAUCCUUGAAUAGGGUUUUGGCCUCGGAGUCGAAGAUGGGGAUGGUUUUCUAUGGCGUAGGAAGCAUUGAAAAUUAUGAAAAUCCUCGAUUGCAGCUCAGUCUUGCUAUAUUGUUGAAGAGAAAGUUUAGUUGGAUUGGAAGGUUAGAAGUGUUCGAUCCAAUUCUCUCUGCAAUCGAAUGUCAGGUUAUCGAAUCCUUUGGUUGUUCUGUUCUAUCAGUAAAUGAGCAAGGACGGCGAUGUGCGCAGAAGCCAACAAUGUUCUUCAUGCCCCAUUGCGAGGCAGAGCUGUACAGCAAUCUUUUACAGGAGAAUUGGACGGUGGAGCUGUUGAAUCAUGUUGUGCUGUUUGGAAAUAGCUUUGAGAUCUAUGAGCAGUUUGUAUCUGAAUUCAAGAACUCACCCGUUGUUGAUUCGGCAAAGUACAUCUUGGCCUCUAGAAAAUUCUCACGCGAGAUCAAAAUCAAGACACUUUCAGAUGAAUAUUUUGGUGCUUCAAGUUGGCAUGUUUUCAGCCCUUUUUUACCGACAGAGCUGCAGUUCACAGAUCUUUGAGGACAUUGUCUAGUGCUUGGAAGAACAACCAGCCAUGUAUACUCAAAAUAGAGCUUCAAGGAAUUGCCACAAGUUUGAUCAAAACUUGCUUCCAUUGUUCGUUGGGAAGAUUUAAAAUCCUGAGUACCUUCUUUGGAAGGAGGAAAUGGAUGCCAUAUUUGAUCAUCACAACUACACUGAAAAGGGAAAGGUAAAAGUUUGUCGUCUGCAUUUGAGAAAUAUGCACUGACACUGUGAAAUGUUUAGUUGUCAAAGACAGUGGAAAUCAUGCAAUACCCUCAUGGAAAGAGUUCAAGCUUCUAAUGAGGAAGCGUUUAGUUACUAAAUCUUUCCACAAAUUGAACUUUGAGACAGGGAGCAAAAAUGUGGAAAAAUACUAUGAAAAGAUGCUCUCAUUGCUUGAGGAGAUUAACUUAUAUGUGGAUGAGGAAGCUACCAUGAACCGUUCUACCAAGGACUUAAUGAGGAGAUUGCAGAGAUGAUUGCCAAUCAAGAAGAAAUUCAACCUUGUGAGGAUUUGAUCUUAAGGCUAUCCAUUGGAAGCAUUGAACAGUGGAAUAUCUAACAGCUAAACUGAGCAUUCUGAUGUUACCCAAACUACAGUAAAAGACCUUUCAUUGAUGUUCAAAAUGAUUCCUAGUUCACUAAUGAAUUAA